AUGUGCGCAGGGAAUACUCACGUCACAGAGACACAGGUGGUGGACAAGCUAAAGACAGACGGAAACUGGACGAGCUCUUCUUGCUUUGCUCGGCCGCUUCGGUCUCAGGAGCGCCGAAAGGAGCGCAGAAUUACCUCAGUGUUAUUUCCCUCUGCCCAUCAGCAAUAUCCGUGCGUCUCACCAAUAUUGGGUGUUAGAAUAUGCGGAAACGGGAUACUAACUGUACCCGAAUCCCAGCCGUAUUUGGCUCGGGCCAUUCAUUCCAAUCUCCUGGGUCGAUUUUGUCGACCUCAAAACGCUGCCCUCAAGGUAAAUGUUACAGCGGGGCAUCCUUCCUCCACAAGAUUGGCAGAAGGUGCACCAGAAUACUCUGGAGAUGGUAUCGAACGAAACGACGCCCUCGAAACAUCGUGCAAACAAGCAGACCCACGCACAAGGGGCGGUGCUUCAUCAGGAACUGCACAGAAUGACGUGCAGAUACAGCACAAACUGAAGUUUCAAUGUGAUGGAGACCUGAAGGAGCCGAUCAAACAGUGGAAGUUUGGUUCACUAAGGUGGGAAGAGCAGCCAACUGCAAUACGUCACGCACUACCGGUGUCCCCGGAGGGCACCACACAGUUGACACCGUUAAAAAGAAGCCACAUAGCGAAUAGUGGAAGAACCAGAAGUCUGUGCGUUUCCAGCAUAUCGACCAACUUACCACAAUGUAACUUCGAGGAGAAGGCUGUCCGGGUUACGGGAGUCGACUCACUUUUCUCGCUCGAUAAUCUAGGGGUCAGUGUCGUCUGCAAAAAAGGUUACAGGCCAAACUGUCCAAACAAUGACGGAUUCUUCGUUUGUCAUGUUCACGGGUGCACAGUGUGUUGCGUUCUCGACGGGCAUGGUCCUUUCGGCCACGACAUCUGUAACAUAGUUCAGCAAGACCUGCUAAGGCUGAUUAUACGCAACCCUGAUCUUCCUCUGAAGUCUGGGAGCGUGCUCCAGGAAGCUUUCCUUAGGGCCCAUAAUAAUCUGGAAACGAAGUGCAGCGAGUUCAGAUUGGAUAGCAAGCUCAGCGGGACCACAGUUACCAUCAUAGUGUACCUGAGAGAACAAAACAGACUUGUUGUAGCUCACGUUGGCAAUAGCCGAGCUGUGCUGUGCAAGCUCUCCAAAUAUGGUUGUGGGGUCCGAGCUAUCGACCUCACUGUUGACCAUAUUCCUACAAAUAUAAGGGAACUGCGCCGGAUUAUCAAAGCUGGAGGGGAGGUCAGGGCACCGCGAGGAGAUGGCCUUCAUCGGAUCUUUCUUACAGACAAGUACCUUCCCGGCCUUGCCGUGGCACGGUCAAUCGGCGAUACACUUGCUGGAAGUGCAGGUGUCAUAGCGAAACCAGAUAUAAAGGAGUACCGUGUCGAUGUCAAACGCGACCCGUUCCUUCUACUGUGCACUGACGGUGUCUGGAACGUUCUCUCGUCCCAAGAAGCAGUUGAUAUUGCCCAUUCUGCCGAAAGAAAAGGGUGGAGAACUGCACCAGAGGAGCUUGCCCGGGAGUCGUGGCGCCGAUGGAUUAACCAGGAACAGAUUUUUGCAGACGACAUGACUGCACUCUUCCUGAGGCUCCGUUGA